CGAGCUGCAGCCGAACGAGAGUGCGCAAGGAGAGGAAAGAGAUUCUUCAAUCUGUUGCGCAUAUACAGCGGUAUACAGUACCGUCUCUCUUUUCCCAUCCUUAUCAGGGAUUUUUCUCUUAUUCAUUGGCAUUGUCAAGACGGUGAUAAUUUAAUUUCGGAUUAUUUGGGUGGAUUUUCUACGGUGCCGGGUUGUAGCGGGAUUUCUAUGGUGGAACACACCGCAUUGGGAUUAACUUCCUAAAGGUCACCAACCGGCGCCCCUUCACCUGCCCGUUGCGACGGGCGGGCGUUCUGUGACUGCAAUCAUGGCGAUGGAUUCCAGGUUUUCCCUGUCGUUAUGGCCGUUAUUAAGGCUGGCCGUGGUGGUGGUCUUGGUGAUUGUAGCGCGUUCAUCGACCGUGGACGCUGUGGUUUGUGAAGGAUGUGCUCAACCUCAGCAGUGCAAAUGUUACGGAAGCAAGGGCGAAGCGGGCGCUUUCGGCUUGCCGGGCCUGCAAGGCCCACCCGGUGCUCCGGGUUAUCUUGGUUUGGAAGGUCCACCAGGCCGUCCAGGUCUUGGUGGUGAAAGGGGAGAUGCGGGAUCUAUCGGACAGAAAGGUCAACGUGGUGAUUCUGGUCAGUCCGGUGCGCAAGGACCUCCUGGCAUGGAUGGUCUCAUGGGUCUGGAAGGACCGCGAGGUAACCCCGGUAUUGAUGGAUGCAACGGCACUGAUGGCGCUCCUGGUGCUCCUGGACUUCCGGGAGGCUACGGUCCGCCUGGACAGGAUGGUGCUCCGGGUUACCCAGGUUACGUUGGACCAAAGGGAAUAAAGGGCGAUGCCGGCGAUGGUGGCAUCAAUUCGGAUGGCACUAAGGGAAACGCCGGGACGCCUGGUUUCGCCGGAAGACCGGGACCUCCGGGUCAACCGGGCCGCGACGGACCAGUAGGACCAAGAGGACAACCAGGCCGACCGGGCAUCCCCGGACCCGCAGGCAAUCCUGGUCCACCUGGAUUGCCCGGUAUUGGACGACGUGGUGAACCUGGAGACCGGGGUGUUCCCGGCCAACAAGGCAGACCAGGUCAUACACAAGGUUGGCAGCCCGGUCCUAUAGGUGACAAUGUGGCAUACGUUCAGGCGCCGGAUGGUGCACCCGGUGAAAAAGGUUCCAUGGGAGAUGAUGGGCUUCCUGGGCGCCCUGGAAAUCCGGGUGAAUCAGGACGACCCGGGUUUUCUGGUCGAAAAGGAGAGAAAGGCGCUAUCGGUGAUGCAGGUCCACAAGGCAAAACUGGCAAGGACGGGCCAAUGGGUGCACCUGGUUUCAAAGGUCACUCUGGCUAUCCCGGUCUGCCCGGUUUGGAUGGUGCUAAAGGCGAACUGGGAAGCAAAGGUUUUGCCGGUGAACCAGGUCGACGAGGUUAUCCAGGAGACGCGGGUUCACCCGGUCUGACAACCUAUGACCAAGGCGGCAGUCCAGUGGGACCACCAGGACCUCCUGGAGAGCAGGGAUUCAAAGGAGACAGAGGCUAUCCCGGUCGCCAAGGUCGGCCGGGAGCGGAGGGUCCGCGUGGUGAACAGGGCACCCCUGGUGUAGAUGGUCAAGCAGGUCGUCCCGGUCUUCCUGGUGCGAUAUUCCCCGGAGACUAUGGUGACGACGGUAUACCCGGCGCUGAUGGAAUUCCCGGCGAGCCAGGAACUCCAGGCGAGCAGGGCCCAGUCGGUGACAAGGGCCCGAUUGGUGAAACCAGUCUCGGAACCCCUGGAUAUCCGGGUCGUGGUGGCCGCCCGGGUGCCCUCGGGCCAAAGGGUAUGGUCGGAGAACGUGGAUUCUCUGGAGAAAAGGGCGAACCUGGACGCACGUGGACUGAGCAUUCGCCUGGUUGGCCCGGCAGCAAAGGCUUGCUGGGUGAGAUGGGAUCCCGUGGACCGGAAGGCCAACCCGGACGAGAUGGAAACAAGGGUGAUCGGGGUGACGACUGUGGCGUUUGCCGUGGAUCAGCUCCGGGAUACAAAGGUGACCGCGGUGACUUUGGUCUUCCCGGCCAACCUGGACUUCUGGGCGCACCGGGCUUGGCUGGUCUUGCCGGCCGCCGCGGUCAACCUGGUUACCAAGGCAAACGCGGAGGUGAUGGUGAAAAGGGUGUUGAUGGACUGAACGGUGUCCGCGGCGCUAAAGGUGACGCCGGUGAACCGGGUAUCGUCAUCUUCCCUCCACUGCCGCCUGGAACGAAGGGCUCGAAAGGGGAUGCUGGAAUGGGCGGUGCACCGGGACCACGUGGUCGCCCAGGCGGGCCUGGUUAUCCCGGACUUACCGGAGCUCCCGGAAGACCAUGGAGCCAAGGUGAAAUAGGAGACUUGGGCGAUGCUGGUUCAGCCGGUUUUCCCGGUCUUCCGGGUACCCCCGGUCGACCCGGCAACCAGGGUCCACCGGGAGAGCAAGGACCUUCGGACGUCGCCGGGCCACAAGGCCGCAAGGGCUCUCAAGGUCGCCCGGGUCCGCGCGGGUUGGACGGUGUGAAAGGUCUGAAAGGUCAGCCGGGUGAUAUGUGGGGCUGGGAUGGCCUGGAAGCCGAGAGAGGCGAUAGAGGUUUCCCCGGUCUGCCUGGUCGCAAUGGCUUUAACGGAGCUAAGGGUGCCAAAGGAGAUGCUGGUCGCGAUGGCACUCCAGGAUGGAAAGGAGCCGCUGGUGAUGAAGGUUACCCUGGCGGACAAGGACAGCCCGGUCAAAUUGGAGCUAAGGGUGCAGGAGGCGUUAAAGGCGACGAAGGCUUUUCCGGGAUGCCGGGACUACCAGGUCGCCGGGGAAUGCCGGGUUUACCCGGAGUACCCGGUAUUAAGGGAGACCGUGGCGAAGACGGCACAGGAAUCGGUACCGAAGGCAUGCCCGGAUUACCAGGUUACGCCGGCCCAAAGGGAGCCGCUGGCGCAGCCGGAGAUGACGGUGGACCAGGAUUGCCCGGUCUCUCAGGCCGUCCUGGCCUGCCAGGACAGCCAGGUGGCCAAGGACGCCCCGGUGCACCCGGUUUGGCCGGACCGAAAGGUGAUGCAGGCGAGGCUCUUAAUGCUCCCGUCGGUCCCAAGGGUUUCCCUGGAGAGUUUGGGCAACCCGGUUACCCUGGCUUAAAGGGACAGCGAGGCCAGGACGGUGUUCCCGGGUUGGAUGGUCCGAAGGGCUACAAAGGAGAUUACGGUGGUGAUGGAAUGCCUGGCCGACCUGGAGCUCCGGGUAUUAGAGGCAGACCCGGAACUCCCGGAUUUAACGGAGCUCCUGGAGCAGCUGGUCCGAAAGGCUUCAAAGGUGACGAAGGACAGCAAGGCCUACCAAGUUCACAAGCGCCGCCUGGAGUGCCCGGCAAUCCGGGAGCCAAGGGCAUGGCGGGCGACGAGGGACUUCCGGGACUCGCCGGACGACCAGGCUACCCGGGUGCCAAAGGCAUGGCCGGUACUCCCGGUCUGCCUGGUCUGCAGGGCAGGCCGGGUGAAUCCGGUGGGGAAGGGCUUCGCGGUUUCAAGGGAGAUCGCGGACAAGAUGGAUUCCCUGGUAACCCUGGUCGACCUGGACAACCCGGUUUCGCUGGCGUCAAGGGUAUGCGCGGUGAGAACGGAAUUGUCUAUCCGGGAGCGGAAGGCGCUAAAGGCUUCCCUGGCCGCCCUGGUCAGCCUGGUUACUUCGGCCGCAAGGGUGAAGUUGGUGACGGCGGUAUUCCUGGAGCGCCAGGUGUUGAGGGUAUCAAAGGAGAGCGUGGAGACCGCGGUUUCGACGGUGCACCCGGUGUUCCUGGAGGCCAAAACCAGAAGGGAGCUCGAGGUGAAGUUGGAGCCCCUGGCCGACCAGGAGCGCCUGGACCUGCGGGUGAUGACGGUGGCGCUGGCCUGCCGGGUACGAAAGGUCCACGCGGCCAUUCCGGUAUGCCCGGACAGCCAGGUCUGCCCGGUGGACCGGGUGGUAAAGGUGCCAAAGGAGACGACGGCGGACCUGGUCUGCCGGGUCGCCCUGGAUUUGUGGGACGACGAGGAGACACGGGACGUCCGGGAUUGCCCGGUGGACCGGGAGCACGCGGUGACGAUGGUCUACCGGGUUUCCCGGGAGCGAAGGGAAUGGCUGGAAAUGCUGGUAUUCCUGGACGUCCAGGCUUGCCCGGUGUUCGAGGCGCACCAGGUGCGCCUGGUAAGGAUGGUUAUCCCGGAGAGGACGGCAUACCCGGAAUUUCUCCCAAGGGAGCACGUGGUGACGCUGGUAGACCUGGUAUUCCUGGAGCGCCUGGUUUCGGUGGUGCAAAGGGAGAUCAGGGUUACCAGGGGCGUCCUGGAACUCCUGGACGUCCUGGAGACGUUUUAGGAGGCGGUACUGGUCCUAAAGGAUUCAAAGGCGACGCCGGUGGUUUCGGUGCUCCCGGUCUGCCUGGAGCUGACGGUCUGCCCGGUGACAGCGGCCUGCCUGGGCUCAAGGGCCCGAAAGGUGACCAAGGUUAUCCCGGACCCCCAUCUCCGCCUGGUCUGGAAGGUGCCAAAGGUUUCAGAGGCGACGGGGGCCGACCAGGACAACCUGGCUUCCCUGGUCUGAAAGGCGCCCGUGGCGAUGAUGGUUACCCAGGUGCUCCGGGUCUUAAGGGCAUGACUGGUGAUGGCGGUGGCCCUGGUACUCCUGGUGCACCAGGUAUACCCGGUCGCAAGGGUGACCGUGGAGAGCCCGGUCCCGAUGCGCAACAACUUCCACCCAUACCGGGGCUUAAAGGCGAUAAGGGAGACGAUGGAGAUAACGGAGCCAAUGGUCAGCCCGGUGCACCUGGUUUCCAGGGUGGUCCGGGUCCGAAGGGAGUUAUGGGAGAUCGCGGUAUCAAUGGCUUCCCUGGUAGACCUGGUAUUCCAGGUGGUGCUGGACAGGAUGGACAACCUGGAUCACGCGGAGCACCGGGUCAGGAUGGUUAUGACGGUCGACCGGGUCUGCCGGGUCGCCCUGGCGAUGCCGGCCCGCCCCCCAGACCCCGCGGAUUCUUGUACGCUAUCCACAGUCAGACCGCGGUGGUACCGCGCUGCCCGGCUGGUACCAGUGCUCUGUGGACUGGGUAUUCGUUGCUCUUUAUACAAGGAAAUUCGCGCGCCGCUGGUCAAGAUCUUGGCGCUCCCGGCAGCUGCAUGAAGAAGUUCAGCACUGCUCCGUUCAUGUUCUGCUCCAUCCUGAACCAGUGCAAUUAUGCCAACCGCGCCGAUUACAGCUACUGGUUGUCGACCGAAGCACCCAUGCCCAUGAGUAUGGAGAACAUCUACGGACAAGCCAUUCAGCCGUUCAUCAGCCGUUGUGCUGUAUGCGAAACAGAAACACAGAUGAUCGCCGUCCACAGUCAGUCACUAUAUGUGCCGCAGUGCCCGGCUGGAUGGCAGGGAAUGUACUCCGGCUACUCCUUUGCCAUGCACAGCGCAGCCGGCGCAGAGGGCAACGGUCAGAGCCUCGUGUCACCCGGCAGUUGCCUACAGGAAUUCCGUGCCUCUCCCUUCAUCGAGUGCCACGGCACGGGCGGCUGCAACUACUUCGCCACCACUCUCAGCUUCUGGAUGACAGUUCAAGAGGAGCAGCAACAGUGGAGUAAACCCCGUCCGCAGACUCUCAAAGCCGGCGAUGUCCGGGCCAAGAUUAGCCGGUGCCAAGUGUGUCGGCGUAUCUCCGGCGCGGCCGCUGGACAACAGCAGCCGCCGGACCGCUUUGUCCCGCCCCACACGCUACAACAAGGGCAACAAGGACGGCCACCGGCUGCGCAGGACCGCUCAGCCAUCCUCAGUGCCAGCCGUGGUUAAAACUCAAAGGUCACCGUUAAGACGUGAUAGGAAGAAUAAGUAGAGACGGGUUAUCAUUGCCAGAUUUUAUUCACUGCCGGUUUUGUUUUGUUGUACACUACACUUUGGUGCCUAUAGCUGCAUUAUGCUCACUUUCUUGCGCAUUUUUUCUGCUUGUCUCGAUUUUUGAUCAAAAUUAAUGGCAUUUGUUAAGGGCGUUCUGGAGAGUCAAGUUGGUCAAAAGGAUUUUUUUCUUGCAUUUUUAUUUUGAGCAUUUGUGCUUCCAAAGGUUUCUAUUCACUGACAAAGGCUUUUUGUAAGUUGUUAAUGAUGUUUCCUGAGAAUUGUCUGUAUCGCCUGAUCCACUUCGUUAUGCAUUUGACCUCGUGUUAGCUAAGUACAUUAAAAAUUUAAAAUUA